AUGAGCCUCAAGUCAGCCAUCGUCGUCUUCGCCACGUUCGCCUUCCGGGCCCUUGCAUCCCCGGCCGAGCCGCCCCAGCCCCAGAACCCCGAAGACUGGUCCCUCCUGAAUUUCCGGCGUACCUGCGCUGCGGAUCAGAGCAGGUGCAGCUACACCUUCCUCGUGUCCGAAGACCCAACCAAGGUGCCCAAGUACUGCAACUUUGACAUCGACGCCGCCGGCGGUCUCCCCGCGUACCAGACCGACUUCUCGUCUCUCAAGUGCCCCGGUGUGCCCGAGUAUACGAUCAAUGGCGGCUGGGACGAGCAAGGUUUCAUCACAUUGACGGUGAUCAACGAUCCGAGAAAACUCCUGUCCUUUUUCGCCUUCCGGGAUGAUGAGCUAUGGGCUGGUGAGCCGGCCACACCCCAAACGUCCAAGGUCUUCAUCUACCCGAUGCCAGCCAAGCGAGAGGUCGAGGCCAGGGAAGAGGAGACUGGCCUGGCAUAUGCCUCGAGCUGGAAGAUUCUGGAUCUCAUCAGAUAUGAAUUUAACCGAGGAGCCCCUUACACCGACGCACUGAUCAUGUCCUUCGGCAUCCAGAGCGGCCACAAUCCGAUCGAGACCUGCCACAUCGUUACUCCUCUUUUCGAAGGUAUUCAGCCCCUUGGUAUGAGUUUCGCCAACGUAGCCUGUAAGUACGGUGGUUGGACGGCAUCCUGGGGUCACAACGAGACCACGGACGAGGCGGUGAUGACCUUGAUAAAUGCAAACCAUGACAGGAUUGCAUACUUUGGUUUCAACGAAGUCAGCACCCACAUCAUUCUUGGCGACAACGGACCUAGACCCGUCUCCUCGUUCUAG